AUGGAAACCGGUGAAGCUCCUCCGCCUGCAGCUGCUCCCAACACUACAGAGGCGCUGGGAGCACUUGCGAAAGAGCGGCCUGAGAAUCCUAUCGACUUCUUGAUCAACUUCCUCAUCAAGGAGAAGGAACGCUACCAGCCAUCGACGGAAAAUGUCUCUUAA